AUGUGGCGACCGUCAUUCUCCAGAGAGUAUGACUCAACGCCAGUGGAGGCGGCUUCCGGGUCUGUGGUCAUGGAGCCAAAGUGUGAUACAAAUCUUAGCAGCUGGGAAUUCAAAGCUUGCCAGCUGCUGUCGCGACAGGCUUUCCGUUAUUGGAAAGUUGAGAUCCUGGUCAACGCGCUCUCUGCCAUGAAGGCUCCUGUGGAUCUUGUUUGCGUUCGCUGCCCUUCAGACGUGCGACAUAGGGCUGGCUACUCUCCCAGGCACAACCGAAUUUGGAUGUGUGCCAAUCGAUUCUGGAACCCUUUCGAGUUCAGAAGAGUCCUGGUUCACGAGUUGACGCACGCUUUUGACUUCGCUCGCGCGAAGGUGGACACGGGCAGCUGUGUCCACAUGGCCUGCACAGAAGUGCGUGCAUGGAAUCUCAGCGGCGAGUGCGACCUCUGGCCAAACUCCUUCAAAUAUUUAGGGGAGGACAUGAUCAACCGCAAGCAGCAGUGUGUGCGCGACGGUGCCUUAGCGUCCCUCCUUGAGAACGAGCGCUGUCAGGACAGUGCCGUGGCACGGGCAGCUCUUCACGAGGCUUGGGACCAGUGCUGGAAAGACUACUGGCCCUUCACUACGCAGCCUGAUCCUGUUCCCAUGCCUGCAACCAUGGUCAUGGAGAAGCAGUUCUGGUCCUUCUUCUCCACCUAUGCGAUGAAUAAGUUCAAGUUUGCCAUGCAACAAGGUUCUUGCCAGGUGCCGACCGGGGAGGGCAGUUGCCUCAGAAUAGCAGUGACUGCUGUCGAGUGCGCUGCGGAAUGCGAGAAGCGUGGAGAUUGCAUUGCCUUCGACAGACCAAAUGUAUACGGCAAAGCUGGGUGCUGCUUGUACAGCGGCAAUUCAGUUACUUCAGACGGAAAGGGCGGCAAUAAGGCAUGUUUCGUGCUGCAAUCACCAGCGGAAGUGAGCGCAAAGUCGGGCGGCGACCAGUUCGGUGAGGUUUGGAGAGAGCCUGCAGUUUCCAGCACCAUGCAUCUGGAUACUUCGGACCACGGGGCUGCUGCGAAGGCAGUGAUGGACCUUUGUAUGCCGUGGUCACACUGCAGUUUCCGGAUCUACUCGUGCCAGGGCCAGCCUCUCUAUGCUUUGCACGCACGCAUGAUGCAAAGCUUGGAGAACCCGCUGCUCAGUAUUUGGGCGUAUGAGGUGCGUAAUGGCACUGGUCACUAUCUCGGCCGAACAUCGGAGUUACAAAGUGGAUACCAUCCCAUCAAACUCUUCGACGAGAAAAACCGCAAUGUUGUGACCCUCUCAACUAUUUGGACGUCCUUCUCAGCAAUUUACUCGGGCACAUGGUACAUCAACAAUCAGUUUCCAGCUGAGCCCAUCGAGAGAAAUCUCAUGGCAGAUGCACGAUUGGUCACCUUCCUAGCUGCGCAUCAGUUUGCAGCACAGGGUUGGUUUGGUCCAUUCUGGUCGGUGGUGGUCUGGGUAAGCCUGCUUUGUGCAGUCUACCUUGCCGUCCGAAUGUGGAGGACGGCAGACUCCCGCAAAUCUGAGCAGCUUCUCGUCGAGGCCAAAGAGAUGCUUGGCUGUGGCAAGGAGGAGUCUUCCUCCGAGGAGGAACAGCAAGCCUGCUUCGGCAGACUUGGACACGCGCUGGCGGCAGUCACCGAUGCUUCGCUAGACGCGUGGGGCGCUUUGGGCAGUAUGGUGCCAGAGCAGAAGGAGUUUGGAGCAGAGACCAACGCUUAUCUGGAAUCGUAUGAGGUCUACGAUUUGUUUGCGCAUCUCCUUCGACAGGUAUUAGUCGAGAGGCCAGAGAACCCGCUUAAGUUUCUGCAGGAGUGUCUGAAAGAUCAGUCGAAGUUGAGCGUUUGCGUGAUGGGGCCGCCCGGAGUGAAUCGCUCCAAGUAUUGUCAACAGCUUGCUGCAGACUUCAAGGUCAAGCACAUUCAUGUUGGCAAGUUACUCAGGGCCAAAAAGGAGUUGAAGGACAUUAUUGAUGCUGGCGAGCUGGUCUCUGACGAUGUCGUUGUUGACAUCGUGAAGGAGGAGCUGAGAAAAGCCAAGCAUACUGGAUGGGUCCUGGACGGCUUUCCUCGGACGAAGGUGCAGGCCCAGUCCCUGGCGGCUGCAAGCAAGGAGCUAGGAACCAGCUUGGACAGCGUCUUGCUAUUGGAAAGCAGCGAGGACCUUGCCAGGCAAAACUUUGCGGCGAAGGUCGACGCGCCCGACCCAGCAGUGAAGCAAGAGGUGGCUGAAAUGCGCUUGCAGCAGUACAAGCGUCACGUGCUGACUAUCAGCGAGUUCUUCAAGAACUCCGUGCGUCGCGUUGAGAUCCACGGAGGGGAAGAUGAGCAGAAGAGCGUCUAUGCUACCAUCAGCUCCAACGUACAGUACCGGGCGUAUUCCAACGCGCCCCUGCGAAUGCAACGAGUGUGCAUUUUGGGGCCGUGUGGCUCCGGCAGGACAAUGCAAUGCCAGCUGCUUGCCAAGCGGCUCGGUGUGGUUCACGUAGAUUUGGCAGCGCUCCUCCGUGAGAAGCAGGAGGCGGAGGGCCAAGAGGUGGACGAAGUGCCACCUGAAUACCUCAGCGACGAGGAAGCAUGUGCCCUGAUUGGUGCGCGGUUGCGCAAAACCGAUUGUGUACGCAAGGGCUGGGUGCUUGAUGGCUUCCCGAAGACGCGAGCACAGGCCGAGUUCCUGAGGCAAGCUCACCUGUGGCCAUCGCGCAUCGUACAGCUUCAAGUGGCAGACGCCGUUGUGGAAACUCGCGUAUCAUCACGACGCCUAGAUCCCGUGACUGGCACAGCUUACUACUCGAAUCCGAAUAGCGUUGCUGUUCGGCAGCGUCUAAUCCGUUGCCAGCAUGACGAGGGUGAGAAGGUGAAGGAGCGUGUGAACAUGUUCUUGGACAACGUGCCGCAGGUUUGCGAGUCCUGGAAGCGAGUGUUUACGACAGUCCUUGCCGAUGGCCAGCCGGAUGAUGUGGCGUCAGGUGUGUAUGAAAAAGUCUCCAAUCCUCUGCCGUCCGAGCUAGCACAGGAUCCGAACAGCGGUCUGUAA